AGGCGGGCAACGUGAUGGUGCGCCCCGAGCUCCACACGGCCGCGGACGUGGAGAAGGUUGUCGCCGAGGCCGCCGCGCUGGCCAGCGAGGCCGACGGCGAGGCCGGCGCCCUGGUGGUGUACACGCUGAGGUCGCAGGAGUUGAGUGCCCAGAUGGCGAGCGAGUGCCGGCAGAGGGGCGUGCCCUGCGUGGACGUGGCCCAACCGCUCAUGGCGGCGCUGAGCGAGGGCAUCCGGCAGGCGGAGGCCGCGGGCAUCGAGGUGUUCGUGGCGUCCGACAGCUCAGGCCGGACGCCCACCGCCAUGGUGGUCUCGGCCUUGCAGCGGCUGCCAGGGGGCACCCCAGACGAGGUCACCGUCUGCCCUGAGACGCGGACCGUUGAAGAGGUGAAGCAGGUGGUCGAGGCCGCCAGCAAGUCUGGGCAGCGCUCGGUCGUCGCUUUCACCUUCGCCUCCAGCGGCCUGGCCCGGUUCAUGAGGCAGCAGUGCGAGGAUGCGGGCGUGAGGUUCGUGGACGUCUUCCAGCCGGUGCUCCUCGCCUUCGAGGUCUACCUGAAGUACCCCGCGAUCGGUGUCCCUGGCGGCUUUUCCGACACCAAGGCCCCCUCCAAGUGGAAGAAGGUGGCGGUGGAGCGCGCGGCGUGACGGAGGGGGGGCUUUCGGCGCCGAGGACUGCGAGGAGUGAGGUCCGAAGGAAGAGGUCCCUCGCCCAUCCUACAGGAGAAGCGGGGGAGAUAAUGUGCCGCUGCUUCCGUCGUGGUUGGACUCCUCAGGACGCCCUGGUAGACAAGCCUUGUCGUGCGGAAGGCUGACCGAUUGCAUUUCUGCGUUCAAGCCCGAAGCGAUCGCCCUCGCCUCCUCUCGCCUCCCGCCGCCCAGCUGGCCAACCCGUGGCGCCGCGCCGGGGGCCGCCUCUCCCGC